AUUCUCUACGUCGCCCCCCCCUCCCCCGGACCCCAGAGCUGCCCCUCCGUUUGUUCCUGCACUAACCAGUUCAGCAAAGUGGUGUGCACCCGGCGCGGCCUGGCCGCCGUCCCCCCCGGCAUCCCCUCCAACACCCGUUAUCUCAACCUCAUGGAGAACAACAUCCAACUCAUCCAGGCGGACACUUUCCGGCACCUGCAUCAUUUGGAGGUCCUCCAGUUGGGCCGGAACGCCAUCCGGCAGAUCGAGGUGGGGGCCUUCAACGGCUUGGCCAGCCUCAACACCCUGGAGCUCUUCGACAACUGGUUGACCGUCAUCCCCAGCGGGGCCUUCGAGUACCUCUCCAAGCUGCGGGAGCUGUGGUUGAGGAACAACCCCAUCGAGAGCAUCCCCUCGUACGCCUUCAACCGGGUGCCCUCCCUCAUGCGCCUGGACCUGGGCGAGCUGAAGAAGCUGGAGUACAUCUCCGAGGGGGCUUUCGAGGGGCUGUACAACCUCAAGUACCUCAACCUGGGGAUGUGCAACAUCAAGGACAUGCCCAACCUGACGCCCUUGGUGGGGCUGGAGGAGCUGGAGAUGUCGGGCAAUAACUUCCCCGAGAUCAAACCGGGCUCCUUCCACGGGCUCAAGUCCCUCAAAAAGCUCUGGAUUAUGAACUCGCAGAUCAACCUGAUCGAGCGCAACGCCUUCGACGACCUGACGGCGCUGGUGGAGCUCAACCUGGCCCACAACAACCUCUCCUCCCUGCCCCACGACCUCUUCGCCCCGCUGCGCUACCUGGUGGAGCUCCACCUGCACCACAACCCCUGGGACUGCGACUGCGACAUCCUCUGGCUGUCGUGGUGGCUGCGGGAGUACAUCCCCACCAACUCCACCUGCUGCGGGCGCUGCCAUGCCCCCCUGCACAUGCGGGGCAGGUUCCUGGUGGAGGUGGACCAGACCUCCUUCCAGUGCUCGGCGCCCUUCAUCAUGGACGCCCCCAUGGACCUCAACAUCUCCGAGGGGCGGGUGGCCGAGCUCAAGUGUCGGACUCCUUCCAUGUCCUCCGUUAGGUGGCUGCUGCCUAACGGGACGGUCCUGAGCCACGCGUCCAGCCACCCGCGCAUCUCCGUCCUCAACGACGGCACCUUGAACUUCUCCCACGUCUUGUUGACGGACACCGGGGUUUACACCUGCAUGGUGACCAACGUGGCGGGCAACUCCAACGCCUCGGCCUACCUCAACGUGAGCACGGCCGAGCUCAACACCUCCAACUACAGCUUCUUCACCACCGUCACGGUGGAGACCACUGAGAUCUCCCCCGAGGACAUCUCCCCCAAGUUCACCAAGCCCGUGCCCACCACCUCCACGGGCUACCAGCCGGCCUACACCACCACCACCACCGUCCUGGUCCAGACCACGCGGACGCCCAAGCAGGUGGCCGUCCCCACCGCCGACUCCGGCGACAAACUGCAGACCAGCUUGGACGAGGUGAUGAAGAUCAUCAUGGUUUGCUUCGUGGCGGUGACGCUCUUGGCGGCGGCCAUGCUCAUCGUCUUCUACAAACUCCGCAAGCGCCACCAGCAACGCAGCACGGUGACGGCCGCCCGCACCGUGGAGAUCAUCCAGGUGGACGAGGACAUCCCGGCGGCCGCCGCCCCGGCGACCACUGCGGCGACCAGCGCCGGAGGAUCAGGUGAGGGGGCGGUGGUGCUGCCCGCCGUCCACGACCACAUUAACUACAACACCUACAAACCCCACGGCGCCCACUGGACAGACAACAGUUUGGGCAACUCUCUGCACCCCCCCGGGACCACCCUCUCGGACCCCUACCUAAUCCAGACCCACACCAAGGAGAAAGUCCAAGAAACCCAAAUCUGA